AUGAAGCGGCCCCACGAUGGAGAGGGCCCAGCACCCCACGGCGCGCCGCCCAAGAAGCGCAAGGUCUUGCAUCAGUUGCAUUACACGCAGCCCGUGCAGCACAUCGUCGACCCCAUCGCCGCCGAGUUUGGCUUCGGCGACAGCAAAGACUUCUAUGAUCAACAGCUGCGGCGCGCAAUAGCCAUACAGUGCAGGACGUUGGGCUUUGAGAGCGCGCGACCAGAUGCGCUGGAAGAGUUUCGCGGACUGGUCGACUCAUACAUGACCAAGUUCCUGGCAAACGUGCGAAUGUCCAUGACAAGCGCGCGGCGUACCGAGACGGUCGCUCACGACUGGAUCUAUGCACUCGCCAACGCCGGCCUCCAUGGCUCAGCAGCCCUCGAACCACACUUUGACACGGGCGAGAUACCGCCAUCCAUACUACAGCCGCAAUUCGAACCGCCCGCCCCUCCCGAACCACAGCCUAUCAGUACAGACGCAUUACUUGGCCCUGAACUGUCCGGCCGAACGGACAAAGAAGCGCGGGCAUACAUACCAAAGCAUUUUCCACCAUUUCCAUCCAAAAACACAUACAAGGCCACGCCAGUCUUCACCAAACGAGAAAAUGAUCCGCGCAAGAUUCGAGAGAAGGCGACAGAAGAGGGCAUUCUGGCAGAACAGAGCUUACGGAAGCUCAUGGCUGCGCAAAAGGCAGGCAUACAGAAGCAAACCGCAGGCAAGCGAAAGCGAAGCAAGCGCAUGAAAGAGAGCGACAGGCUUUGGCAAGAAGCAAUGACGGACCUGCUGAAGGAAGAGAAGGAACACGAGAAGAGCGAAGCCCGGCAACGCGCAAGGGAGGAAGAGGCCGAGGCCGAGGCGGACGACGAAGGCUGGAAUGCGCCCCUUGUGGAGAGACAGCUACGGCAGCCCAUUGUGGACCGGAACGUCAAUCUCGAAGAGGGCGUGCAUGUCAACUACGACCAAAGAUCUUGGCGGAAAUCAGCGAGAGGCGUUUGA